AAAGGAGUCGGCCAGCACUUCCUGGUCUGAUCACACACUAAGAAGUAACUGGGGUAGGAAGCAGCAGAGAAGAGGGAAAACAGUGGCUGAAGCCAGCCUGGGGCCAGCAAAUCCUCAGGGAACUGGGCACGAAGGCUCCCCACGCCCCACCUGCAGAAAGCCGAGUUUCGCCAAGGCAAAGAGCAUGCCAGGAGAGGAACCCCCGGCCCCAUCUCCUCCUCCCUCAGCCUGCAGAGAGGGCAGGCUCGGCAGCUGUGCACAGGGGGUUUCUGUGCCUCCAUAACUGCACAGCCUGCCUGGAGUUUGUGUCUCAGCUGAUGAGAAGCUGGAGCAGCAGGAAGGGAAGCGAAGCGGCCUGGCUCAGCCCAGGCUUGGUAGGGCAGAGAAAUGCACCGUGGGAAGAUAAUGGGAGAGACCCACGGCUGGUACUGGCUACCAGGGAAAGUUACGGACUGACUCUGACUCAGAGCAGCGGUUGCUGACUGAGACCUCCUGAGGCUCCGGAUUACAGCAACCCAAGGCACUAGGGAGGGGCCCCCAGCUGGGGGGAGACAGACAAAGCCAUGGCUGUAUCAUGAACUGUUACACGUGGGCUUUGGUUGCCGUUAUUAAAAGGAAAGAGGAAUCACCCUGCCCACUUUGUGACUGCACCGCUGCAGACUGCGCCUUGCCAGGAGCCAGCGCACAGAGAGCCAGGGUUCCGCAGUACGACACUGGUGCAAGUAACCAACGUGCGAGGCGUGUGGCCUGGCAAGCAAAGGACUGGGAGCCAGCAAUUUCUAAACUGUAACCCCAGCUGUGUCACCAAAGCACUCAGAGGCCUUGCACACUGGCUAAGUAUGGCCAUGUGACCUACCUCACAGGGGCGUCAUGAGAACUAGCUCACAUUUGUGAAGGGUGCUGAGGAAAAGCACUAGGUAAGUGCUGAGAACUUCUAGAGGAGGAAAAAAAGCUUUAAACAGACGGCCAUUCCAGCCUGCCUAGGUUUGGUUAUUGCAGCAACUUCAGCUCACACAGUUUUGGACCCUCUUCAAAUCCAAAACUCGAGACACAACUAAGUGACUUUUGCUCAGCUUUGCUGCAUCACCUAUGGGCGAGAAGGGUUUCAUCGGAGAGGGGACAAGUGGAUAGCACUGAACAGGGACUCUGCUACUAAGGAGACAAGGGUCACAUAAGAGAAAGACUGAAUCACCCCCUCUCUCUAGUGGAGGAAUAAGGGGAGAAGAGAAGGUCCCGGAGUGAACCGGAUGAAUUUGAUGGAUGCGUUUCUUUGAGGCAUUCUGAGGGUUAAGAGGUUUCACACUUGGGAUGCAGGGGUUUUAGAGCAUUGGUCGCACUUUGCACUUCUCUGUGUGCUGAACUUCUCGAGAGGGGAUGAAGCAGGAAGAGGAGGAGGUGGUCGUGAGGCUAGAGGAGGAAGAGGUUGGUAAUGCAGGAGCGCGGAGAGGCGCAGUGCCCGCCCACACACACCAUGGCAGGGGAGUGAGAUUUUCUGAGGUGUGGGAGUACUUCCACAUUGCCCCGCCCCGGACUGGUCACCACCCUAGCCAAUACGCUGCCUGCAGGCUCUGUGGCCGACAGGUCAGCCGUGGUCCAGGGCUGAACGUUGGGACCACCGCUCUGUGGAAACACCUGAGGAGCAUGCACAGAGAGGCGCUGGAGAAGAGUGGGCACAGACAGGUCAACCAAUGCCCAGUGGCGCACUUGCCUGUGGUACAGCACCAGCCAGUCGCAGAGGGGGAAUGGGCUCACCUCAUGGAGCAGAUGGGGGCGCUGGCUCUGCGUGCCAGCCAGCGGGAGAGGGAAGUGGAGAAGAGGGAGAAGGCCGUGGAACGCAGGGCAAGGGCCGUGGAGCGGCGCGAGAGGGCCGUGGAGCGGCGCGAGAGGGCCGUGGAGCGGCGCGAGAGGGCCGUGGAAGAGGAGGAGAGGUCUCUGACAGAGAGGGUGCUGAAGAUGAAGGCUGAGGAGGUUCAGGUGCGGCUGAAAGGCACAUGCGAGAGGGAAAGUGCCCUGGCCUCAGCUGCUGCUCUCCCCAUGCAUUUUGUAUAGGAAUACUUGGGUUAUGAGACUAAGCAACACCCAGGCAGGUGACUGAAGCAACAUUUUAAGACCUGGUGUGAACUGUCUGGACUGUGUUCUAGGCCUCUGACCCGCGAAACAGAACCACCAAUCUCCCUGAUUCCCUUCAGCCUCGGACAGCCUCCUUCUGAAACAAAAGGCACGGAUCUUGCAUGUUCAAAGCUGGGCCAAACAAUUAUAUGGCUCCUGGUUUCUGACACUGGGGAAUACGGAGCUCCACCAGGCACACGCAGUCUCAACAAGAGCCCCGCACAAGCAAUGCUGUGGGUGGACUCCGCCAGUCAUGGCCCUAGCAGGCCUACGAUGUGGUCAGUCAAACCUUUGGUUAGGAGACCAGUUUGAAACCAAACCGAAGUCUCAAAAGACACCUGCCUAUGCAGAGGGCACAGAGGAUCUGACGACCCAGAAAAGAUUCCAGUGAAACUCUGCUAGUUUCCACUACUAGGCUCAAAACCAACCUAGCCAAGUUUCGCACAGUUUCCGGCGAUGCAAUAAAGUCCUCACACCACUUUUACUGAUAUUGACUUGGACCAUAAAAACAUUUCUUCAUCUUGUUUUCUUAGGCAUGCCUGUCACAGAAUGUAAUUGUAACAGAGGUUAAAAGAAUCCCGUUGGAUGGACUGUGCAAAUAGAGGGGACAGUAAGUACUGAAAAUGAGAGUUUGUGAAAAGACUCUCCAAACACAUGUAGGUACCAUUCAGAUGGACAUGCAAGAUUGUUUGGCUAGUCUCAUACAGGGACUUUGGCUCUGUCUACAUGGGAAAGUUAUAUCAAUUCAGCCAAAUUGAUAUGGCAUCCUUAAACCAAAAUAAGCAUCUUCCCAGGGGGGGCUGCACAGAUUUCACUAAAUCAGUGCAGUUCUCGAGCAGAUAAGGCCUUUGGCUGGGCUAGUCAAUAGGUUGACCGUGGGCCAAAUCCCGACCAGAUGCUUUUCGGCAGACUGCGCAGGCUGAACCUGGAGCCACAUCCACUCCCCAGCACAGGGUCCCCAAGCACGGAGCUGGUGACCACAGUGUUCCCCUGGGUGGUUGCUUGUGCAGCCUCAGCCCCACCGGCAGCAGUGCAGAGAUGAGGCGGGGGGUGAGUGGCAACGUUUAGGAGGGGAUGUCUGCACUCCCCCCCCCCACACACACACACGCAGUCUAACGUGUCUCCACGAUGCCCUGCCCCUCCAAUCAGGAAGCGAUGGGAGUGGAACGUGCUCAUUCUUCAGCCCAGAGGGCAGCACUGUCUGGGCCCUAAUUCAAAUUCUUCUCUGCGUUUCCUGGAGACGGUGGGGUUGGCUGGGCCAUGGAGUUGCAAUUUGUGGGCCUCGGGCCCUACCUGGCAACCCAGCUGGUAAGUGCCUGAAAGGAUCCUGCAGCAGCCGCUUGUGCCGGGGCACCAAGCACAGCGCGCGCACACACCCCCGGUGCUCCCCAGAGUUCCCCACCCUGGCUUUGUCUCCUCCCCACCCCGUGCUUCAGGGCCAGUCAGAGCCCUCUCCAGCCUCCUGCCCACACACACCCCCCAACCAGCCUCUUUCCCUUCCCAGUCUGUCUCCAGUCACUCACUACUGCCACAUCCUGGCCUCCCCAGGCCUGCUCUCUGGAGUCUCCUUGGUCCCUCCCACUAUCCAGAGCCUCCUUUCUACCCCACCAUUAUCCCAGCCUCCACUAGGGCCUUUCACCGCUAGCUGGAUCAUAGUCCAAUAGCUUCACCUCCUGGCUCCGAGCUCAGAAGUACUCACAAACAUUCACACCUUGCUUCACUGCCCAGAUCCCAGCGCAUACCCAUUCCUCUUCCACCUGCCCCCAUCUCUGCGACUUGGCUCAACUGGGGACACGGAGGAACGUUGCUGGGAGAGGAGAGAAGCAGCAACACCAGGUGGCUCAGACCAGCCCCUGCAUCCAGUUUUCAGUGUAGGGAAAGAAGGUCACUCUACUCUCCAGGCAGGGACCUGGGUGGGGGUCAGGACCU